CCAGCCAGCCUUUUCCAGCCACCCCGUCGCCCUGGCCUUGGAACUGUUGGGAAACCAAUCCGUCUUCUAGCCAAUCAUUUUCAGGUUCAGAUUCCUAAAAUAGAUGUCUAUCACUAUGACGUGGAUAUCAAACCAGAAAAACGGCCUCGUAGAGUUAACAGGGAAGUGAUAGAUACAAUGGUGAGACACUUCAAAAUGCAGAUAUUUGGUGAUCGGCAGCCUGGCUAUGAUGGCAAAAGAAACAUGUAUACAGCACAACCACUGCCUAUUGGACGGGAUAGGGUUGAUAUGGAAGUGACUCUUCCAGGGGAGGGCAAAGACCAGACCUUUAAAGUGUCAAUUCAGUGGGUGUCUGUAGUCAGUCUUCAGCUACUUUUGGAAGCAUUGGCCGGGCAUUUGAAUGAAGUCCCUGAAGAUUCUGUACAGGCACUUGAUGUGAUCACAAGGCAUCUGCCUUCCAUGAGGUAUACUCCUGUGGGCCGUUCAUUCUUCUCCCCUCCUGAAGGUUACUACCACCCUCUGGGAGGGGGCAGGGAGGUUUGGUUUGGCUUCCACCAGUCUGUGAGACCUGCCAUGUGGAAUAUGAUGCUCAAUAUUGACGUAUCCGCUACUGCUUUCUAUCGUGCCCAGCCUAUCAUUGAGUUCAUGUGUGAGGUUUUAGACAUUCAGAACAUCAAUGAACAAACAAAACCUCUUACGGACUCCCAGCGUGUCAAGUUUACCAAAGAAAUCAGAGGUCUUAAAGUUGAGGUUACCCACUGUGGACAGAUGAAACGAAAAUACCGAGUUUGUAAUGUAACUAGACGACCAGCCAGCCAUCAAACUUUUCCUCUACAGCUGGAAAAUGGUCAGGCUAUGGAAUGUACAGUAGCCCAGUAUUUUAAACAGAAGUAUAGCCUGCAGCUGAAAUAUCCCCAUCUUCCCUGUCUCCAAGUGGGGCAAGAACAAAAGCACACUUACCUUCCUCUUGAGGUCUGUAAUAUUGUGGCAGGACAGCGGUGUAUCAAGAAAUUAACUGACAAUCAGACGUCCACCAUGAUCAAAGCCACUGCAAGAUCUGCUCCAGACCGACAGGAGGAAAUCAGCAGACUAGUAAAAAGUAACAGCAUGGUGGGUGGACCUGAUCCAUACCUAAAGGAAUUUGGUAUUGUUGUUCACAAUGAAAUGACGGAGUUGACAGGUAGAGUGUUACCAGCACCAAUGCUACAAUAUGGAGGCCGGAAUAAAACAGUAGCUACACCAAACCAAGGUGUAUGGGAUAUGCGAGGAAAACAGUUUUAUGCUGGCAUUGAAAUUAAAGUGUGGGCUGUUGCUUGUUUCGCUCCUCAGAAACAAUGCAGGGAAGAUCUGUUAAAGAGUUUCACAGAUCAGUUGCGUAAGAUUUCUAAGGAUGCUGGGAUGCCCAUUCAGGGUCAACCAUGUUUUUGCAAGUAUGCACAGGGAGCAGAUAGUGUGGAGCCCAUGUUUAAACAUCUGAAGAUGACUUAUGUGGGCCUGCAGCUGAUAGUAGUGAUCCUACCUGGGAAGACACCGGUAUAUGCUGAAGUGAAACGUGUUGGUGAUACCCUCUUAGGAAUGGCUACUCAGUGUGUUCAGGUGAAAAAUGUAGUAAAGACUUCACCCCAAACUCUUUCUAAUCUCUGCCUGAAGAUAAAUGCAAAGCUUGGUGGAAUUAACAAUGUCCUUGUGCCCCAUCAGAGGCCCUCAGUGUUCCAGCAGCCUGUCAUUUUUCUGGGAGCAGAUGUUACUCACCCUCCUGCUGGAGAUGGGAAGAAGCCCUCUAUUGCUGCAGUGGUUGGUAGCAUGGAUGGACACCCUAGCAGAUACUGUGCUACAGUGAGAGUACAGACUUCUCGCCAGGAGACCUCCCAGGAGCUCCUCUACAGCCAGGAGGUGAUCCAAGACUUGACCAAUAUGGUUCGAGAACUUCUCAUCCAGUUUUACAAAUCUACACGCUUCAAGCCCACUCGCAUCAUUUAUUACCGUGGAGGGGUCUCCGAGGGACAAAUGAAGCAGGUGGCUUGGCCAGAAUUAAUAGCAAUUCGGAAAGCAUGUAUUAGCUUGGAGGAGGAUUACCGCCCAGGUAUAACAUACAUUGUUGUGCAGAAAAGGCAUCAUACUCGACUCUUCUGUGCAGACAAAACAGAAAGGGUGGGGAAAAGUGGUAAUGUACCAGCAGGUACUACUGUGGACAGCACUAUCACACAUCCAUCUGAAUUUGACUUCUACCUCUGUAGUCAUGCAGGAAUUCAGGGAACCAGCCGCCCAUCCCAUUAUCAGGUCUUGUGGGAUGACAACUGCUUUACUGCAGACGAGCUCCAGCUUCUAACUUACCAACUCUGUCACACCUAUGUAAGAUGUACUCGCUCGGUCUCCAUUCCAGCCCCAGCCUAUUAUGCCCGAUUGGUAGCAUUUAGGGCAAGGUACCACCUCGUGGAUAAGGAUCAUGACAGUGCCGAGGGAAGUCACGUGUCAGGACAGAGCAAUGGUCGGGAUCCCCAGGCCCUGGCCAAGGCUGUGCAGAUCCACCAUGAUACCCAGCACACAAUGUAUUUUGCCUGAGAGCCUCUGUGAAGACUAAGCGGAUUUGGCACACCUUGUGGUCUACUUACCAUGUGGUCUUGAUAUGUUUUGAAAACCUAAUGCUUCUAUUAGAUAGGGCUGAGUUGAAUUCAGACAGUCUUCUAUCAGCAGUUCUGAACAGUCACAGUGUCUGAUGCACCAACAGAAUUGAGCCAUUUUUUUGUUGUUGUUUUGUUUUUUGGGGUUGUUUGGGGUUUUAUCUUUUUUUUAGUAAUAGUAAUUUGUAAACUGUCUUUUCUGAUGCAUUGGACUGAAUUUUUACCUCAAAGCAUAAAUAAGACUGAUCAUCCUGAAAUUUUUAAAGAACUUGACAAAAGAGGUUUCUAUUGAAUAUUUUGCUAGUGGUGGUUAUCACCUCAAUCCUCCAGUUUGAUGAGAUGAAAUUAUUCUUUUUGUUUGUAUUCAUCAAGCAGAUGUGCAUGACUGAGAGGGGCAGGCCACCCAUCAUUUUACUUCAAUGUAGCUGUCUAUUGUGUGGGGCCAUAGACUUUUUAAUGGAGAUUUUUUUACUUUACUAUUGUAAAUGCCUUUCUGGAGCAUCAAUUUCAGAAGGUAUCGCAGUCUGUCAUUUUUACUAGUUUUAUCUUUUUGAUCUCUGCAGAAAUGUGCUGGUGCAGGCAUGAGCAGCAGAGUGAUUGCACUAUUUGUGACUGCACACUCACUAGGCGGGUCUUACUGGGUAAACCUUUGAAUGUGUCAUAGAACCAGAGAGGGACACCUGGGAUAACUACAGAUAACACUGCCACGGGAUAGUAAAAGAACUCAUGUUUUCCCCUUCUUAAAAAAAAAUAGAAAAGGAAAGGAAAAAAAAGAAAAAAUGAGCUUUUAGGUAUUUUUCCAAGUUUUACAAAGUGCCCAUUUUAUGCUGCUGUGUGGUUUGAUAAAUGUAAAUGAUUUUUAAACUUUUCUUGUAGAUGGUUAACUUUGGCAAUAAACUUUUUUUUAAAGGCUCCCCCAUCCCGCCACCACCCCUACCCCCAAAAUGUAGUUUUCUGGCCAAGGGUUGUGCAUGGAUUUAUCUAAUAUUUCUUAUGACUUCACAAUCUGAAAAUUUCUAAAACCAAUCAGAAAAGACACAUUUUCAUGCCUUUUUAAAGGUUAUUUUUACCUUUUUGUAUUCACUAUUGGUGUCCUUUCUGUCUUAUUUUCUUAAAAUAAUCUUGAAUGUGAUUGUUCCACUUAGGAAAGGCUUUUUGCCAAUUUGUACAGUCAGUAUGUUGUGUGGUGCUAGCAACCUAGAGAUGUGUACCUGUACCAGCAUUUUGAACUUUUUCUCCUUGGCAAUUUAGGACGCUCCCACAGUUACAAUACAGUGCAUGUUUUAUAAAGUUGUACGUUAUAGCUAUUGUA